AUGGAAUUUUUACAUCGACAAAGAAGUUUCACAUUGCAAUGUUUUGUAGUCUUUGAAAAGCUGACCUCUGAAGCCUUGAAGAAAAUCGCUCGCUCCAAGGGAAUUGAUUCAGAGCUUAAGAAAUUGAAGAAGACAUUAGACCAGAUCAAAGAUCUGCUUAAUGAUGCUUCUCAGAAGGAAGUAACUGAUGAAGCUGUUAAAAGAUGGCUGAUUGAUCUCCAACAAUUGGCUUACGACACUGAUGACGUACUUGAUGAUAUAGCAACAGAAGCUAUUCAUCGUGAGUUGACUGAGGAGGGUGGAGCCUCCACCAUGGUAAGAAAGCUAAUCCCAAGUUGUUGCACAAGUUUCUCACUAAGUAAUAGGAUGCAUGCCAGGUUAGAUGAUAUUGCAGCUAAGUUCCAAGAACUGGUUGAGGCAAAAAAUAAUCUUGGUUUAAGUGUGAUAACAUAUGAAAAACCCAAAAUUGAAAGAGAUGAGGCGUCUUUGGUAGAUGCAAGUGGUAUCAUUGGACGUGAAGAUGAUAAGAAAAAAUUGCUUCAGAAGCUGUUGGGGGAUAAAGAGGAAUCAAGUAGUCAAAACUUCAACAUCGUGCCCAUAGUUGGUAUGGGUGGGGUUGGUAAAACAACUCUAGCUAGACUUUUGUAUGAUGAAAAGAAAGUGAAGGAUCACUUCGAACUCAGGGCAUGGGUUUGUGUUUCUGAUGAGUUCAGUAUCCUCAAUAUAAGUAGGGUUAUUUAUCAAUCAGUGACCGGUGAAAACAAGGAAUUUGCAGGUUUAAAUCUGCUUCAAGAAGCUCUUAGAGAGAAACUUCAGAACAAACUAUUUUUAAUAGUUUUAGACGAUGUAUGGUCUGAAAGCUAUGGUGAUUGGGAAAAAUUGGUGGUCCCAUUUCUUGUGGGGGCUUCUGGAAGUAGAAUUAUCAUGACAACUCGGAAGGAGCAAUUGCUCAAACAGUUGGGUUUUUCUCAUCAAGACCCUUUGCACAGUCUAGACCCUCUACAGCGUCUAUCACAAGACGAUUCUUUGUCUUUGUUUGCUCAACAUGCAUUGGGUGUGGAUAACUUUGAUUCACAUCCAACAUUAAGGCCACAUGGGGAACAGUUUGUGAAAAAAUGUGGGGGAUUGCCUUUGGCUUUAAGAAUCCUUGGGAGGUUAUUGAGGACAAAAACAGAUGAGGAAGAAUGGAAAUAUCUGUUGGAUAGUGAGAUAUGGGAUUUAGGAAAUGGAGAUAAGAUUGUUCCUGUUCUUAGACUUAGCUACAAUGAUCUUUCUGCAACUUUGAAGUUGUUGUUUGCAUACUGCUCCUUGUUCCCCAAGGACUAUGAGUUUGACAAAGAGGAGUUGGUUCUGUUGUGGAUGGCAGAAGGGUUUUUGCACCACUCUGAUGUAAGAAAGUCAAUGCAACAGUGGGGUCACAAAUGUUUUGAAGAGUUGCUGUCAAGGUCGUUUUUUCAACAUGCUCCUAAUGACAAAUCAUUGUUUGUGAUGCAUGACCUCCUGAAUGACAUGGCCACAUUUGUUGCUGGAGAUUUUUUUUCAAGGUUAGAUAUUGAGAUGAAGGGGGAAUUUAGGAAGGAAGUUUUGCAAAAACACCGACAUAUGUCACUUGUUUGUGAGGAUUACAUGGUGUACACAAGGCUUGACCCAUACAGAGGAGCUAAAAAUUUGAGAACAUUUUUAGCAUUGUCUGUUGGGUUGCUAAAAGAUUGGGAAAAUUUUUACUUAUCAAAUAAGGUCCUGAGUGACUUACUUCAGGAGUUACCAUUGUUAAGGGUCCUAAGUUUGAGUGGUCUUAGCAUAAGCGAGGUACCUGAAGUCGUCAGUAGUAUGAAGCACUUGAGGUAUCUUAAUCUAUCUCGAACUAGAAUCGCAAAUUUACCGGAAAAUGUCUGUAAUCUUUAUAAUUUACAGACGCUGAUUGUUUCUGGCUGUAAAAUGUUAACUGAGUUGCCCAAGAGCUUCUCAAGGCUUAAAAAUUUGCAGCAUUUUGACAUGAGGAAUACUUGGAGGUUGAAGAAGAUGCCCUUAGGGAUUGGUGAGUUGAAAAGUCUACAAACUCUUUUCAGUGACAUUGGCAUAGCAAUAACGAAGCUUAAGAACUUGCAAAAUCUCCAUGGGAAAGUUUGUAUUCCGGAGCUGGGCAAUGUGCAGAAUGCAAUAGAUGCACGUGAGGCGAACUUAUCGCAAAAGAGGUUUACUGAGUUAGAGUUGAAUUGGGGUUCUGAGCUUAAUGUUUUCCGAACGGGAACACUUGAAAAAGAGGUCCUCAAUGAGUUGAGGCCUCAUAAUGGUACUCUAGAAAAGCUCAGCAUUGUGUCAUAUAGAGGUAUUGAGUUUCCAAAUUGGGUUGGGGAUCCCUCCUUUCUUCGGUUGACUAUAGUGUCAAUAGAUGGCUGUGAAGAAUCUACCUCUCUACCAAUGCUUGGGCAACUACCAUCACUGAUGGAUUUAUUUAUUGGUAGGAUGGGCAAGAUGAAGGUUGUAGGUUUGGAGUUACUUGGGACCGGCCUUGCGUUUCCUUCACUUGAAAUCCUACGGUUUGAUAGUAUGUCAGGGUGGGAGGAAUGGUCAACAAAUAGUGGGGCGUUUCCUUGCCUUCAAGAGCUUCAUAUUGAAGAUUGUCCUAAUCUAGUUCAAGUCUCACUUGAAGCACUGCCUUCACUAAGGGUUCUGAAACUAAGAAAAUGUAGUCAUGGUGUAUUGAAAAGCCUGGUUGAUGCAGCUUCAUCAAUCACCAAGUUGGAAAUAGAUAAUAUUUCAGGGCUUACUGAUGAGCUGUGGAGAGGUAUGAUAGGGUGUCUUGGGGCACUUGAAGAAAUAAACAUCAGGGAAUGUAAUGAAAUAAGAUACUUGUGGGAAUCAGAAGCAGAGGCAAGUAAGGUUCUUAUAAAUUUAAAGAAGUUGGAUUUAUGUGAAUGUGAAAAUUUGAUGCGUUUAGGGGAGAAAGAAGAGGAUAAUAUUAUUAGUGGGAACAGCCUAACAGCCUUUAGGAUCUUGAAAGUAUCGGAUUGUAAUAGCUUGGAGCAUUGCAGUUGUCCAGAUAGCAUGGAGGAUUUGGAUAUUGAAAGUUGUGAUUCAGUUACAUCCGUCUCCUUCCCAACAGGAGGAGGGCAGAAGCUCAAGUCACUUACCAUCACUGAUUGCAAGAAACUUUUGGAAAAGGAGUUGGUUGAAUCUGAAAUCAAUUUACAUAAAUGGUCAAAUCUGAAAUUGAUCACUACGUUGGGUUACUUCAUUAACCUCGUCAGGUUGACAAUAAUAGAGUGUCCAAGUAUGGAGUCAUUUCCUGACCAUGAGUUGCCAAAUCUCACCUGGUUAACACAUCUGACAAUUCAAAAGUGUUCAAGUAUGGAUGCUGCCUUCCCUCGUGGGCUUUGGCCUCCCAAAUUGUGUCGGCUUGAAAUAGGAGGGUUGAAGAAGCCUAUCUCAGAGUGGGGCCCCCAGAAUUUUCCAACAUCACUUUCUAACCUAAAAUUACAUGCCGGACCGUAUGAUGGUGUGAAAAAGUUUGAUCAGUUGUCACAUCUUCUUCCUUCAUCUCUUACUAUUUUUGGCAUGGAUGGAUUUGAGAAGCUGGAAUCGAUUUCAACGGGACUCCAACACCUUACCUCCCUCCAACGUCUCAUCAUCCAGAAGUGCCCAAAGACCAUAGAUCUACCAGAAAACUUAUUGCCUUCACUUCUGGUUUUGAUAAUACACGAAUGCCCAAAUCUGAAAGAAAGGUUCGGUAGAGGAGGCUCUUAUUGGCCUCACGUCUCCCUUAUCCCCUGCUUCAAGAUAGAUGGAUAUUUUCAUAAUUAA